AUGAAAUUCCUGGUUGUAAUCGCCCUUUGCGCCGCUGUGGCUUCGGCCAACUUGAUCGGACCUAUCACGGCUAUUGAUCAGGCAGCUGAAAUCAAAGAAAUUAUAGCCGCCAUCAACCACCCAAGCACAGACCCCGCAACCGCUGCCGCCCUGCAACAAAUGCUUGAUCAGUUCCUAGCAGCCUCUCAACCUAACCCCAUCCACGUUGGGCCUGCUAUCGUUGACGGCGAAUACGAGCCCAUCCACGUUGGGCCUGCUAUCGUUGACGGCGAACACGAGCCCAUCCACGUUGGGCCUGCUAUCGUUGACGGCGAAUACGAGCCCAUCUCCGUUGGACCUGCAAUCAUUGACGGUGAAUACGAGCCCAUCUCCGUUGGACCCGCUAUUGUUGAUGAAAGUGUUGUAGGAGCAAGCUCUCCCCUUGUGCAAAUAAUCAUCAACGUUAAACCUAACUCGGGAUCAUCUGUUAUCAAUCCCGCCCCUGUUAUCGUCGAUGACUUUCAUGGUCUCCCUGUCAUCGUCGACAGACCUGAGCUUAUUAUUACGCCUGUCGAAGAACCUCAAAGUGAGCCCAUUAACGUUGUGGACAUGCCCGACAGCCCCCCCGCGGUGGGCCCCAUCACCCCAGUAAACGUUCCUGACUUCCUUAAU